AGAAUAUCAGACAAGUUUUGGGCAUUCAUUAGUCAACAAGUCAAUUUUGGUGAUUAAAUAUUUUGAAAAUUAAAGUUAAAUAAAAUUUAAAAAUGAAAGUUUGGGAAGUUUUAGUGAAUUGCUUGCUGGCACAAGUCACAAUUUCAUAUGCACGAUCGAUUCAUAAAUCAAAAACUGAGGAACAGUCACAAUUGAGUCAAUAUGGAGAUGACAUGGAAGUGUCACCAUCAAACUAUCACAAAAAGUAUGAAAUGUCUCAUGAAGAAGUUGAUGGAACAAAGAAAGAUGAAGAUCAUUAUUUAACAAACAGACAUAAGAGCGGCAAAGGACAUAAAAAGAAGCAUUCUUGGAACAAAAAAGAGAAAGGAUCACAACAUAAAGAUGACAAUAUAAAGCAUGAAGAGGAAGAAGGUGGACACAAGAAAUCCAACUAUGAUGAAUCUGAUUCCCACAGUGAACAUCACGAGGAAUCAAAGAAGAAGAAGAAUGGUAAAAAUGGACACAAGAAGCAUCACAAAAAUGGAACCAAAGUUACUGGAUAUUCAAAGAAAAUAAAUAAGGAUGAAUAUCACAAGGAGCAUAAGUUUUACGAUGAGAAGCAUUCGGAUGGAAAUCAUAAGAAACACGGAAAUCAAAACAAACAUCACAAAGAUGACUCAGAGAAGCACAAAGAAGGCCACAAUCAUGCAGAUGGAUUUGAGACAGAUCACCAUAAAGAAAAGGGAGGAACUGAGAAGGGCCAUCAUGAUGAGCAUCAAAAGGGUUACAAAAAUAAACACGGCAAUAAUAAGCAUCACAAGAAUGAGGAAAAACAUGAAAAGAAAGCUGGAAAGGAGAGUGGAUCUAAGCAUGGAUUUAAAUCAGGAAGCAACGAUGACAACAACGAUCAUGAUGAUGAUAGUCAUGGAAGUCACAGUGUACCAAUUAAUCAAAAACAAACAAUAAGUCCUGCAGCAGUUCAAAGAAGUAGAAAUGGCAACAGAAGCACCGUUAAGCCAGAACUUGACAUAAAUUCAAAAUUACCAAGCAAUCAAAAUGAUCAAAACAAGAAAGAAGAUCAGCAAAAUACAACAGAAAUGGCUGUUGCUAAAAAUCAUCAUCAUUAAAAAAAUUAGC